AUGGAAGAGCCUGCAGAAGACAAAGUAGGAGAAGCAGUCGUUAAGCUUCUUUCACCGGUGUGGUGCCGGCCGAAGGCUCUCCGAUGCUUAUGUCAGCUAUGGGUGGAAGUGAAAAUGGGAGCUUUGCACAAAGUUUCGAUGUGGGACUUUGUGCAAGUCACUGUGGUGGUGACACGUGUCUUGGAGAUUAGGUUCAGCAAUUGGGAGCUUCGGCAGGUGUCUGGCACCUCGGAAGGAUGUUUUCCUUCAACAAGGAAGAAGGCGUGUCUGCCUUUGGUGCUAGUUGCUUUGAUGCUGGAUAUGCUCGGUUGA